UUGAAGUGCAACUUGCAAUAUAGCAGAGGAAAAAAUAUGUAGUUAAUAUGUAGUCUUACAGUUAGAGUCAUAUUUGUCAUGUUUUGCUUGUGUUAUGUAUACAUUACUGAAAGUGUUGCUGGAUAAAACGUCACUUUAUGUGUACGAAUGGAAAGUGAUGACGUUUAGCGCAGUGUUGUUGUAAACCCUAUUACAUUAAGUUACAGGAAAGUGAUGACGUUUAGCGCGUUGUUGUUGUUGUAAACCCUAGUACAUUAAGUUACAUUAUCAUCAACAGUAAUUUUACUGUUUUCGGUUUCAGGAUGGUGGACACUAAAUAUAUCUUUCAAAUGUCUGGCUUCAGGAAUAAUUCUCAAAAAAGACAUUUACUUCAUGGCAUCAAACAGCUUGGGGGCGUAUACACGGGGGGCUCUGUUUAUAAGGAAGCAAUCACUCACCUCAUCGUUGAAAAAGCUUUACCCAGUGAAAAGUUUCUCGCAGCCUGUGCUGGAGGGAAGUGGAUAGUGACUCCUGAGUUUGUUCUGGACAGUGUGAAGCACAUGGGGUGGUUACCAGAGUCUUCAUAUGAGAUAAACUUAACAGCUCAGACCCCAGAAACACCUAAUCCAUUGAAAACUUGGAGAGAGAGAGUAGCGAAUGGCACAGUGUCUGGAGCCUUUCAGGACUGGGUAGUGCUCAUUGACAUUGCCGACCCGAAAAGGAGGAGUGUGUUUGUCAGGAUAUUAAAAGCAGGCAAAGCUGUUGUCUUCACAGACUGGCCAACUUCAUUUGCUGUAACCCAUGUGUUAGCCAAAAAUACAUCCAAAGAGGGAGCUGUGAAGGGUGCAAUCCAUUGCUAUAGUGUCAGCUACAUAGCCAAACAUCUUUUUGGGAAUAUUUGCUUAGAAUUAAACUGGCCCUGUGAUUUAGAGUGUUUCGACGAAGAAGAGAGCUCUAAAACAGCCACCCAGACUGCUGCAGUCACUGACGAAUCUACAGAUGUCACUUCUGACUCUUCACAUAAAGAACUGGAGGACAUGCUCAAAGAAUACAUCAUAAUAAUGGAGCAAAGGAAGAAGCAGCUUUUGACAGUCCCACAGUUUCACAGCUACUACACACCCGUCUUGCCAGAUCAGAUGCCAGCGGUGGAUUUUAGCAAUGUGCGGAGUUUGGUGGAGUGUUCGUUCUUCCCUCAAGCUGUGGAGGAGAUUUUGGGGUCCCUGCAUCCCGGAGUGAUGCCCCCAGCCCUACUGCUCCAAGAGCUAAUGCGCCAUGCACUCCAUGGUGAUGCAAAGCCAUUGUACCUCAGCACAUUUAUCACAGUUCUCCAUAGUAUACUUCGUAACAAUCCAACCUGGGGCUGUCCUGGAAACACUAAGUACUUCCUUAAGGUCCUCCAGUGUCCAGAAUGUAAAAACGGUCUCUGGUCACUUCUUGAGACGUCACUUCGAGUGUGUUUGGCAAGCGAACCCACCUGUCACUCACUGCCAAGCCCACCAUCCACUGAGAUGUUUCGCCUCCACUGUAACCUGCAGGAGUUCUUCCUGCGACUGUUUCAGCUGGAGCUUCAUGCUGCUAGCUCAGGAAGAUCACCUGGAAGCAGUCGAGCAUCUGUUCUCUAUAGUACUUUCUGGAGCACGUGGGAAAAGUCAACUCUAAACUCCAGGGCAGUUCGGCAGCUCAGCACACUUUUGAUCAAGACUUUAAUGUGGGCUUACAACGGCAAUCAGGAGUGCAGGCUGGGAAUGUUGGUCACUCUGCAGGAGACUCUGUGUGUAGUGGUGGAGUUCUGGGCUCAGGAACACAGUCCACUCAACAGCAGUCUGGUGCAAAAAGGCUUUAAAGACCUGGCUGAACACAUCGCUCUACUGUGCCAAGACCUUGACUUUGACAUGCUGAAGGAGGUGAUUCCAGCCCUUCGCUCUGCAAGACUCCGGAUGUUCACUGCCGAUGCAAUUUACAGAAACAUCUGUUGCAGCAGGGGCCUGUUCUUCAGCUCUGAACCACUCUGCCUGCUCAAAAUUGUCUCAACCUACCUCAAAGCUCUUGGGAACUUGUGUGUUCGAGAACCAGUCCAAACCCUGAAGGGACAGACUGACAGAAUCGAGAUGAAUCAACCAUCUACCAGCAGUGCCACCCGAGUGCCAGUCUCAGAGGCUGUGAAAGACUCAGCAGGCGGCUCAGAUUCAGGAAGAGAGACUGUCCUAAGAGGUUACCACAGAGUCAAUGCUGCAGGCGAGACACUCCUUCAUCGAGCCUGCAAGAGGAACCAGGUGGAGACGCUGCUUCUUAUCCUCACCAUGCCUGAAACGGACGUCAACAUUAAAGAUCACGCUGGCUGGACUCCGCUUCAUGAAGCCUGUAACCAUGGCAGUGUAGAGUGUGUGCAGGCCCUUCUGCAGCACUGCCCGAACCUGCAGCUGGGCACUCUCGUCCAGGGAGUCAGUCCACUACAUGAUGCCCUCCUGAACAAUCAUAUCCAUAUCGCCAAGAUGCUGCUGAAGCAUGGCGGCACAUCUUUACUGAAGUUACGUAACACUGACGGUCUUACCCCUCUGGACCUGGUCCCAGUAGAGGCUCUCCGUGAGGAGCUCCUCCGCUGUGCAGAAGAACGGGACAAAUAUCUGGAGUCUUCCUGCUUGGAGGUGCGGGAUCUCCCCUUGAUUGAGUGCUGUUCAUGGGUGCUCGGCUGCUUGUUCCUCACCUACACUCAUGAGCUUUACAUAUCUACUUACAAAACCCCCCUUACGCCUCUGAACUUGAGUCCCGCUGUGUGCCGCUCGCUGAUCCGUCUGCAUCCUGGUGCACUGUCCUCCACCUGGGGGGAUUCACGUGCGGUGACCCUGGCGGAGGACCUGAGGACUAUGUUGAGUUUGGAGCAGUACAUGUCCCAGGUGAGCCCUGCACUGAGACACUGUCAGGGGGAUCAGACCAGCCUGUUUGUCCAGCUGCUGGAAGACCUGCAGGCAGAAGGAGCAGCACUGAUCGCUGGCCAGUCUGAUUCUGAUUCCUUCUAGAAGAUUCUCUGCAGAGCAUCAAGAAGAAAUUGGCCUACUGUCUUUUGUUAAACUGGGUUAUACUGUAUAAUACUUUUUUGUUUUGUUUUUUGUUGUUGCUAAUUGGUUGUUAACAUUUAAAAUGGUGAUAAUUACGUGUUUUUUUGUAAGAAAAAAAAAAUGUAUAUUUUUUGUUACAUAAUUAUGCAAUUAUAUAUUUUU